AAUUUGUUCGUACGGAUUGUUGCACUAAGAUUUCAUUGAAAUUUCGCAUAAAAAAGGAACAAAAUAUAAAAUUAAAUACAUCAUUUCAUGAUUAGUAAAUUGGCCGUAAUUUUUUUCAUACAUAAAUGAUAAUUAAAAAGUUUAGUAUAACAUCAUAAGUAACGAUCUAUAAAUUAUCUAAUUUAUAAAAAUAUUUUAAUAAUCGAUUAUUAUCAUAAAACACUCGAUAAUCCGACAAAGUUACGUGAAUUUUUAAUAUUUCAAAUCCAAAAUCAAAUCUAAUCUAAAAAUUGAAAAACCUAAGAGUCAAAAUAUUAAAAAUCCAAUCCAAUCAAAUUAAAAAUCUCGCUCAUCUAUUCAUUCUUAACAAAAAAUAAAACAGAUUUUCCUUUUUUUUUCGUUUUCUCCGAAACUUAAAAUUUUCAAUGUCAACAACGUCACCAAUUUCCCUGAAAUUUCCAGCGAAAAAACCCUCAACUCACUACAAAAAAUUUCAAAAAAUUAACGUUAUACUCCCCGAAGGCCCUUAGUUCCCCGAAACUCGCCAAAAACAUAUUUUCUAAACUAAAUAUUCCUUAUUUCGUCUGAUGAAUUUUUCCCGAUAAAGAGGUGCACUCCAGGGUUGCAUGGAUUUCCCAUAGCAAGAAUGCAGUCGAGGGAAAAUUGCGGGGAGGGUGUAGGGUCAGGGACGAUCGAGACAUGUUCAAUAAUAAAACCGUCGGGUAUACAUAUACGUUCGUGGAAAAUGAAGCUGCAAGAAAGAGAGAGAGAGAGAUAAAAAAAUCAACAUCACGUUGAGAUAUUUUUUUCACUCUUUGUCAUAUUAAACGUGUCAUAGCAGUAGAGUGGAUCGUUGACGCAGAGACGCGAUGAAGGCACGUCAAGAAAGCGCUUAACAACGAUUAAAUGAAUCGUAAUAGAGGCCCGUUUUGAUUGGCUGCGACGGGGUCGAGGGGGAGGGGGAUGUUAUUGUGUAGAAGUUAAAAAGAAUUUCAUUCACGCGUCCUCCGUCUUUUAACAACGUCGAAUAAAAUUUAAAUGUCAAAUAAAACUGACGGAUAUAACGAAAAACGUUUGGAUGACUUUUGGAAUGUUAUUUAUUUUUUUUUUGGUAAGUUACCGACAGAUCGACGCAUUUAUUAGUUCUUUGUUUGGAAUGAGAGCGGGAUCGUUCGAUUGUACGAUUUAUUUGGUACUGGUUACUGAUAAAGUUUGGGGUACAGUUUUAUUUGGUGGCUAUUGGCUGACUAAAUCAAAUAAUCCAGAAUUGCGGUGCCCGGAGUCGAAGAACCGGCGAUGAAAUAUUAUUUUGUUGAUUCAGUAACAGUAAAAGGAUUUAAUCUCCUUGGAAGGGACGUAAAAAAGUGUAAAAUGUCACCCCAUAACGGCUCUUGCAUGGCAGAAUCGAGUUCAGUACGUAGUUUAUCAUCGGACGAUGUGUCAGCAACAAAAUCCAGGAGCAAAUCAUGUUGGGCGCGCGCUACAGAUCCAGCUCAUCGUCGUGGUAGACGUAUCCAAUUGCUGCAGAUGCUUGUAUUACCAUUUAUACCGAUACUUGCCCUAAUUGUACAGACGGCAAAUACACUACACGAUAUUCUCAUUUAUCGUCAAGAAGUGUCCGACAUUGAGAGCCAGGUGACUAUAGCUACGGAUCUGGGGGUCGUUGUGACACGUCUGCAGCUCGAGAGAUCUGAAGUGGCAUUUUUUAUAUACACCAAUGGCAGCAGAUUGAGUGGCCAGUACGACUAUCCAAAAUUCAACUUGACCCAGAGAUAUGCGAUGACUGAUGAGACCUUGAGAAAUUUGACAACUUGGCCAUUGGUGACUGUUCCAACCGACGAAGCUAAAACUCAGACCUACGAUGUUGUCAAUAGAGAGGCAUUUCAAGCUCGAUUGGAUGACUUCAGGCAGAAAAUCAACGAAGAGAGCAGUAUAUCGGAAGUUAUGGCUUGGUACGAGAAUGUUAAUGCAGAAAUGCUGAAUAUACUGACCAAUCAGAUCAAGGAGACUGAUAACAGCGGAGUCUGGAGAUAUUUAAUCGCCUUUAAGAAUCUAUUACGGAGCAUUGAGAGUAUAGGGAUAGCCUCGGUAUACGGGAUCAAUUAUUUCGGACGGGGAGUUCUCCUCCGAGAGAACUACGUUAGUUAUAUCCGUCACGAGGCACUCGGAAAAGAUCUUCUCAAUGGAUCUCUGUCGUAUGUACCGGACCUCAAGGCACUGUACGCCGAUCUCACUCGAACAAUGCCGGAGUACGGUAAAAUAAAGUCAAGGCGAGAUGAGAUUUUACGCAACAACGACCGGCAACCGAGUGUCGAGGACGCCAUUGAUUAUUUCGACUCCAUGGCAGUUUAUGUCGAUGAAUUGAGAAAAAUACAAACAGCAUUGCGUCACAUGAUACGAGAAUACGUCAAUUCAACGCUUCAGAAGGCAAGCAACAAGCAAGUCGCCGGAAUAGCCAUUGUCGCACUUGUUCUCGUCAUUUCGCCGAUUAUUAUUGUUCUUGUGCGAAAUGCCGUCGCAACGAUUCAGGUAUACGCAGCGAAUCUCGCCCAAAAGGCAAGGGAACUGAAACGUGAGAAGAGGAAAAGUGACACUCUAUUAUUUCAAAUGCUUCCACCAUCCGUUGCCCAACAACUCAAGCAGACGCAGCAGGUGCCCGCGGAAUAUUACGAGGCUGUCACUGUGUAUUUCAGUGACAUCGUUGGCUUUGUGGAAAUAGCCGCAGAAAAUACACCACUCGAGGUGGUGACGUUCUUGAACUCAAUUUACAAACUGUUCGACGCGAGAAUCGAGUGCUACGAUGUUUACAAAGUGGAAACUAUCGGGGAUUCCUACAUGGUUGCGUCCGGAUUGCCUGUUCGAAACGGCGAUAAACACGUGUCUGAGAUAGCGACAAUGGCCCUGGACCUGUUGGCUGCGUCAUCGGUGUUUCAAGUACCAAAGCGACCUGGUGAACGCCUGCAAAUUCGCAGUGGAGCACACACUGGGCCAGUUGUUGCUGGCAUUGUUGGGACCAAAAUGCCCCGGUAUUGUCUCUUCGGGGACACAGUGAACACAGCGAGUAGAAUGGAGUCGACAGGAGAAGCUCUGCGUAUUCACAUAAGCCUGGAGAUGAAAAAGGCCCUAGAGGCUGUCGGGGGGUUCAAGAUAGUGCAUCGAGGGCUCGUAGAUGUCAAGGGUAAGGGCCUGAUGGACACCUACUGGCUAGAAUGCAAGGACGGUGGUAUAGCCCGAGCGACGGAGCUGGAUCUUCCCACGUUCUUCGAAGACGUUCGCCCGGUCUUCAUGCGUCGUCUGCGGGAGGAGGAGUCACUCUGAUGUGAGCCCUACUCCCGUCGGGAUCUCUGGUACCUAAACCGACAGGGGCCACUACGUCCAAACCCAUGCAUCCGCCUGUCCCAGCCGAACCUGAUAGAUCACCUGAAGCGACCGGGCCUGACACCUGGACAUCCGAAGAAGACUCGGCUGUC